AUGGUCAACGAACCUCUCACCGACACGGCUAAAUUCAUCCAUCGCCACAUGAAGGUGACGAAGUGGACCAAUUAUCGAGAGCAAUCCUAUACCAAACAGGAACUGAUCAAUUUGGCGUUGGAUGCCAGAGGCGAGUUCAAACGAAACAUGGACGAAAGCGGGAAGGUACUCGCCCUCGCUGAGAUUGAUCCGCCUGUAUUGGUGGUUGGAGACAUUCACGGACAAUACGCUGACUUGAUGAGAAUACUCAACUCAAGUCCAACUAAACCAGCGGAGAAAAAAGAUGAAAGACCAGCUCCAAAUAACCAGAAGGCCGGUUUCUUCAACAACAGAUUCGUCUUUCUCGGCGACUACGUGGAUCGUGGAAGCCACUCGGUCGAGUGUAUCUCGUUGAUGUUUGCUCUCAAAGUCCACUAUCCGAAGCGAUACGUUCUGCUCCGUGGAAACCAUGAGACCAGAGCAAUCAAUUUGAAACUGACACAACCCAGCAGCUCCAAGACCAAAAUUUCCCCGAAAUGA